AUGUCAUCAUUUUCGAGCGUCAAAGACAAAGAAAACUCAAAGAAAGAAUGGGUUUUCAUCGAUGAGUCGGAUAACAUCAUCUCACCAGCAAAACAGUCGCACGAUGACAUCUCCGACUCCAAUUUCCUAAUCUCCAUUCCUUUUCCACCGCAAAUAAAUCCUUUGGAUCUCAUAAGGCGAAACAAAAAUGGACAACUUUUGUCUCGCGCGACAAACAAAUUUCUAAUUUAUCGUAACGAGUACUCGAAGGAACUUCAAUCUUGUGGUUACAAACUCUCCAUGCGCGACGUUUCACGUAUGGCCGCGAAGUCUUGGAAGUUGGAAUCCUCGGAGGUGAAAAGGAAAUACGAAGAUAUCGCCAGGGAAGUCGAGAAGAUUCACGUGAAAUUGUCCAUGUCCGCUUCGCCUUAUCCUAUUUGUUGCGCUCGAAAAUUUUCCAAACAGUCGAAUUUGCCUCAGCAGGAUAAUUUUUUCUUUUCGGUGUCUCCUUCCACGCAAUUAUCUUCCUAUCCUUCGUUUCGUCCUCAUCCGACUAUCGUCGCGAAUGCAAUUCGCUCUCCUUCUGUUGGACCGAUAUGCUCAAACACCCCGAUAAGUGCAAAUUCAAAUUCAACGUAUCCCUCACUUUACCAUCUUAACCAGAGUGAAAAUUACAAUCCGUGUUUCCCCUUUGAGUUAUAUAACAAUCCUUUAAAUCUUCAGAUUCAAAAUAGUUUAUUGCCAAAGGCUUCGACGGAUAAUAAUAGCUCUUUUCUAUGCGACGACAACAAUGAUUUAUUAAUAUUUGACGAAAUCUAA